AAUAAUGCCGCCAUCUUCUAGGAACCUGCUUUAACCUCUAUCUAUCCACCUCACAUGCAAGACGAAACCAGAAUUCUACCUAUCUUUAUCAGAUAUCAUUUCCACGAGCAGCGGCUCUGAGGAUCCAUACCCAGAAGACGACGUACUAUCUUAUCUAUCAUCUUUACAAAUGAUUUAUUAGCACGACGUAAAGAAAAAAUAAGAGACCGAUCAUGUUUACAUGGCUCUUCGGCUCCGGCGACAAGCCUCCCAUCUUUCUACAAUUCCGGAGCAGCAAAACUUUCAUCAUCAUCGUGGUCGCCUCUGCAGUGUUUACGGACAUUUUCGCUUAUGGAAUCGUGGUCCCCGUCUUCCCAUUCGCCUUGACAGAACGAGCAGACAUCCACGAAGACGACGUCCAAACAUGGGUCAGCAUUUUUCUCGCCGUGUACGGCGCGGCAUUGCUGGUCGCUUCGCCCAUUUGUGGAUGGCUCGCCGAUCGAAUGCAAUCGCGCCAAGCAUCGUUCCUGCUGGGACUGUUGGCUCUGGGAGGCUCUACGGCGCUGCUGUGUGCGGGCUCCAGCAUUGCCAUGUUCGCGGCCGGUAGAGUGCUGCAGGGGGUCAGUGCUGCCGUGGUAUGGGUCACGGGGCUGGCUCUGCUGGUCGAUACUGUCGGUCCGGAUGAGAUUGGGUCGGCCAUGGGCUAUAUUGGAUUGUCUAUGAGCUUGGCGAUUCUCCUGGCACCGCUGCUCGGCGGAGUCGUCUUUGCUGAGGCGGGAUAUUACUCGGUUUAUGCAAUGGCUUUUGGGUUGAUCGUUCUCGAUCUGUUUCUAAGAUUUGCUAUGGUGGAGCGAAAAGUCGCCAAGAAAUGGUUGCCUGACCUGGUCAUCGCCAGUAGCGAGAAAGGAAUGCUUUCUAAUGAGCAGCAACAACAUGACAAAGAGCCAGAAAGCAGCGGUCGAGUAAGCCACAGCGACUGUGUCGAGCUACCAGAGAAGUUCGAUUCGCGGCAUUCCAGCGACCACAGCGACAGCUCUCCAGCACCCAUCUCGAGUCACCUGUCGCUCACACAACGAGUGGUCGCGCGAUUACCACCGGUCGUUUUCCUGUUUGGAUCACGCAGGAUCUUGGCUGUGCUGUGGGCCUGUACCAUGCAGGCAUCUCUUCUCACAUCCUUCGACGCAACCCUACCACUCUUCGUCAAGAGUACCUUUGGCUGGGACUCGAUAGGUGCCGGCCUGAUUUUCCUUCCGGUGGUGCUAGCGUCCUUCAUUGGGCCCGUCAUUGGAAAGCUAUCCGAUAAAUAUGGCCCUCGGUGGCUCGCGACCUCGGGGUUCAUCUUGGCGUGUCCCUUCUUGAUCUUACUCCGGCUGGUCAACGAGAACAGUAUCAAUCACAAAGUGAUGCUGUGCGCACUCCUUGCAUUGAUAGGGUUAGGCUUGACGUUAGCGCUCACUCCCAUCAUGGCAGAGAUCUCGUAUGCUGUCGAUGCCAAAGCGAAGCGACGGCCCCCAGGCUUCUUUGGUAAGAACGGUGCCUAUGCGCAAGCAUAUGGCCUCUUCAAUAUGGCGUGGGCAUGCGGCAGUAUGAUAGGGCCUCUUCUCGGCGGUCUUGUCAAUAGCUCGGAAGGGUGGCCGACAGCGACACUCAUUCUGGGCUGCGUGAGCAUUUUCACGGCGCUGCCGACAGUCAUUUGGACGGGAGGGAGCAUAUUCAAGCUCAGAAGAAAGCAGCAACAGGCUCCUGCGGACGAAUCACAUCUUGCUUGAGUUGGUCCGUAG